UAAAUACAGAUUGUGUAAUAGGAAGUCUGUGUAAGCCUGCUCUGGCAUCUCUGUAAACUUCAGCCCUUCCCAUUACCUUUAAAGGAGUGUGUACCCUGAACUAAAUAUGGACAUGCACUUUCACAGGAUUUCGAAGAAUGUCCCAGCCUCACAGUCCACUUUGAUGAUGCGAACCUCUCACAGUUCGUCACUUGUAACCCUCGCUGCAAGACUCUGAGACCAGCCUCUUUGCACCAGGAUUGAUGCCUCUGGUGGCUUUUUGACCAGGACAAACCCAAAAACAAAGGUAAGGACAAGAUGUCCAGACGAAAGAUGAAAGGCCUGACCCGUAUAGGUCGCCAGGUCAGCGAGGACCCAGACCUGGACAACCUGCUGUCCACCCUCUCCCCCGAGGAAAUAGAAGAGCUGAAGAUGGACAUGAUGAAGGUGCCAGAUGUUAACCCCGAGGAUGGGCUCAUCAUUCCAGGGGAGAGCCAACCUGCGCAGCCACUUAUGAGCAACAAUGUCCGGGAUGCAACGACGAAACAGAGAGACACCAAAGGGAGGCUCAGCCAGAGGGAAUCAUCACUUGAGGGAGAGCCGAAGAAAGAGAGCCGGAAGCAGGAGUACCUGAGGAAGAUGGGUCUCAGCCAGGAGGGAAAUGACGAUAUGAAAGUGGGAAUGCAAAGACAAGCUAGUGUCUCAAAUGAAAGAGAUAUCAAGGCGGAGGACAGAAACAGCAAAGGUCCUGAAAGUUCAAAAGAAGACGGGAGCUGGCGUUCAAGUCGAAACAGGAAGCUGGAUAGCAGAGAGAGCGACACGAAAGAGGAGGCCCGUGACAAAGAGAAAUAUGAGGACAACAGGCUGAGAGACAGAAGAGAAAACAGAGUGAGCACAGGCAGCAAAACACAGGACAUGAUCUCAAAGUUACAGGAGAAAAAGGAUGAGAGCAAAGAGAAAGAAAGGAGGGAAGACUGCAGGAGACGAGAUGACAGCAAAACCAAAGACAUUAUCUCAAAGCUACGAGAAAAAAGCGAGAAAGAUGUGGGCAAGGAAAAGGAGAGAAAAACGGACAGUAUCAAGACACACGGGCUUGUCUCUAAAAUGGUGGAGAAGCAGAGCAAGGCAUCAGAGAGCCAGCUUCAAGAGUGUAAACCUGAAGAGAAGAAGGCUAAAGCAGAGGAGAAGAAAUCUGAAGACAAAAACAAACCUGAUGUCAAACUCGAACGACAACCUUCUGAGAAAGACGAGGUGAAACGUGACAAGAUGGAGAAAAGAACAGACAGAGAAGAGUUGGUUAACCACAGUGACCACGUGAAAGAGAAGUUUAAUGCUGAGCGGAAACCAGAGGAGAAGGCGCAAAGAGAGGACGGUAAGGUUAAGAAAGCUGAGGAUAGUGGGAAACUUGCUAACUGUGCUUCCAAAAACAGCCCUAACAGCAAGGCGAAGGAGGCAGAGGAGGAAGACGAAGACUCGAGCAUGUUUGAUGAGCUCAUGCAGCAGGUGCGAAGCAACGACCCCUCCCUCACUGAGCUCAACGUCAACAACUCAGAGGUCAUCAAGACGAAAACGCUCAUCGAGUUCGCAGAAGCUUUGCACAACAACACCCACGUCAAGACGUUCGCUCUCGCUAACUGCCGUGCGGACGACCAUGUCGCUUAUGCCAUUGCCGGCACGAUCCGCAGCAACAAGACUAUCACCAGCAUCAACCUCGACUCCAACCAUCUCACCGGGAAGGGCAUCCUGUCUCUCAUCCAGGCGCUGCAGCACAACUCCACGCUGACCGAGCUGCGCUUUCAGAACCAGCGGCACAUCUGCGGAGGGAAGACCGAGAUGGAGAUGGUCAAGAUCCUGAAAGACAACACCACCCUGCUCAAGCUGGGCUAUCACUUUGAGUUAGCAGGACCCAGAAUGACCACGACAAACAUACUGAGUCGGAACAUGGACAGGCAGAGGCAGAAGCGCCUGCAGGAGCAGAAGCAGGCCCAGGCCAAUGGGGAGAAGAAGGGAACACUUGAGGUGCCCAAGAGCGGAGGUGGAGGAUCUCUGAGGAGUUCUCCCAAAGCUUCGCCUAAACCUUCACCCAUCCCUUCACCUGUGCCUUCGCCAAAGCUCACUCCAAGAAAAGGAGCUGGAGGUCCGGCUCCACCACCACCUCCGCCUCCUCCUGGGGGUGGACCACCACCUCCUCCACCUCCUAUGGUGGAUGCAAACCGCCCAGGUGGUACGAAGAACUCAAGGGACCAACUGCUUGCCUCUAUCAGAGGAACCAAUAUAAAACAGCUGAAGAAGGUGCCGGUGCCAAAGUGGCUGCAGUGAUAUUUCCUGCUGGAAUAUAAAGUGAAGAAGAAGAAGAGCGAGGGAGAACAGACAUCUCACCAGAGGGUUUCUAGGGGAUAAACUUUAUAAAUUCCCCUGGCUGGUUAAAGUGCAGUGGGGCAGAUGAAGACAGUGAAACAUGAGACGAUUGGACGAACAGCCCUCACUAUGAGUUCUCCCAACAACACUGGACCAAAAAGACUCUGUGGAGAAUGAGUGAUGAAGGGCUCUCUGCAGAGAGUGCCAUGGGUUUGAGGCUGUUUGUCUUCCAUUCAUACUGACGCUUGGCUGGUUAUUUGCACUAGAUAAUAUGAGGCCGAUCAUAUAACAUGUUGGCGUGUAUAUGCAUCUGAAUGUGUGGGGGAGUGUGUGAUGAGCUUAAUAAGAGAUUCAAACAACUCUAUAAAACUAAUACUCAAAAGUAUGUAAUUGAGAUUAAUUUGAAAAGUUAUUUAUUUGUGGAGAGGGAAUCCACCUUAUUAGCUGUAAAUCUGUAAGUCAAACUGGGAAUAUCAGGGAAUUAACAAACAUGGCGGCCUGACUUAAGAAAAUCUGGGUGGGUGGAGAAAACAAAAAGGUCAAGGUGGUCUUUGAUUGUGUGUCUCAAAUCUCAAGACAUCUCAGGCAGGUUUGGAAAGCAGCCCAGUGGAGUCCUGGGACAUAACGAAUGAGUCUUAGCACGGAAAUAAUUACAUCAUGCAUUUUAUCAGGAAGUGCAGGAAGAUAAGUUUCAGCGUCUGAUGUUGUGUUUUGUGCAGAAUCAUUCUAGCCUGGGUUUUACAUCAAAAUGUCAGAAACACCAUUAAAUCAACACUACUGUUGGUUAAUGUGCUAUUUAAAAGUGAAUAUCAGUUCUAAAGGAAAUUUAAUGUGAUUAGCAAAAACCCGAGUGUUGUAAUGAAGCACAUACAUUAUUACACGUUUUUCUUACAGAGCCUGUAUGUUUUCAAUAAAAGAUUCUGCUAUGUUUGCAAGUUUAAUGAUACCUGCCUGAUAGAAGUGAUUGGAAUGUUUUAAUAAUCUGUUAUUAUAUUAUAAUUUUUAGCUACAAUAAAUCAAAUUAUGUAUAUGAUAAUGUCAUUAAUUCUAUAUAUAUGUGCAUAUGAUUAUAUUUGUAUGAAUAUAGAUGUGCUCAGACGUUUACAUCACUGAUCAUGGGCAUGUUUCAGGCUUUUAAUGAUUUCUUCGAACUGUUCUUUAUCCAUAUUGCAAUGAUUGUACAGCACACAGCUUUAAUUUCUUUGAAAAAUAAGAACUGGGUACACAAGUUUUAAUUUUUCCAAAGUCUGCACGGGGUCAAAAUUAUACAUAGAGCCUCAAAUAUAUACUUAUACCUCAAUAAUACUUGGUUAAAUGUCCCUUAACACAUUUGGUAGUCAUCAGCAAGCUUCCAGCUGGAUAUUUGACUAAUACUGGUAGAAUUGGUAGAUUUUAUUUAAAUUGGUUGGUUUCCUGGCACAGACCUGCCUUUUAAACAUUGCCCACAAUUUUCAAAAGGAUUGAGGUUUGGCCUUUUAUUUGUUUUUCUGUCUGUUUAGAAGUAUUGCCUUGUUAAAAGAACCUACUUUGUCCAAGUUUCAGCUUUUUGGCUCCUAAUUUGAGGUGAAAUUCAGGAAAUUGGAGAUAGUCCUCCUUCUUCAUUUGUCCAUCCACUUUGUGCAAUGUACCAGUACCACUGCCACCAUGCUUCACAGUUGGUACAGAUGUCUUUGGUUUGAAAGGGUCACCUCUACUCUUUAAAAUAUAACUCUCGUCAGUGUACCACAAUAGUUCAAUCUUUGUCUUGUCUGACCAUAAAACUUUUCUCCAGAAGGCAUUUGGUUUGUCCAUGGGGUCAGCAGCAAAUUUCAGUUGUGGUUUAAGGUGUAGAUUUUGGAUCAGGGACCCUCUCAGUCAAUGGUGAUGGCAUGUUUAGAAAUGGUUCCAUGAAACGUUCCCAACUUGUAUAAAUCUACAAUUCUCCUGAACUUCAUUGAGUUCGUUGGACUUUCCCAUUAUUCAGAGUAUUGGGGAAUUCAGUGGUUGCUGUCAAACAGAUGCUUUUUAUGGAGACAAAGAGGAACUACCAAUCGUAAUCUCUCAUGAUCAUUGGCAAGAAGCAAAUAGACCUCGGCCUUGUCGAGUUAAAAGACACUUUAAAACCUUCAGCAGCACUUAUUAAAAGGUUUUAGUCUGUGUCUGUUUUUGGCCUGUGUGUAUAAUUUUGACCCUGUGUGGAUUAGAAAAAAUUACAAAUAAAUUCAAACACAAUUCUUGCAUUUUAAAGUAAAUAAAGACGUAUGCUGUACGAUGCUUCCACCCUGGAAAAGGAGCAGCUCGAAGAAAUCCUUAUGAGCCCCAAAUGGUCAUCACAUUCAUGCCUAUGAUGAGUGUAUGGAAGCUUCUGACCACAGCUGUAUAUACAUUCAAAAAUGCAAUGGCUUGUACUCACAUCAGGAUUUUACGACAUCACUAUGAUUUUUGUGGCUAGCUGGGGUCCAAUAACUUACUUAGGGUAAGGUGGAAACUUGCGGUGUCCAUAUGCUAAAAAAUACCUUUCCAGGAAAGCAGGAGGCCUCUCGUGUCUCAUAGUUUAACUACUGAAAUAACCAUGGAUUCAGAUUUUUUAAAUUUAUUAUGUAUCUGCAUUUCUUGAUGGAUUAAUUUAAAAAAAACUACAAGGCAGAACCUUUACCAGACAAAAAACAUUAUAUCAACUAGCGGAUGUUUUCGUAGCAUGUAUAUCUGUGCUUCUGCAGUGGACCACGAAGAACUUUUCUUCUAUCUGUUGCUCUUUACAUAAUGUGUUUAAAGCUACGUGGAAACAUUGGGAGCUGUCUAGUGUCCACCCACCAGCUGGAAAGGUAGCCAUCAUCCAGAGAAAAAAGAGAGCAGCAGCAGCAGGCCAGUUUAUCUCUCUGCAGCCUUGCCUCAGUCUCUGCAUCCACAAAAUGCCUAUAUUUGGUCAUUUCUCAAUGAGGGCUUGCUCUGUAAGUCAUUCCUUUCUCGUUCCUAAUAAUGGGCAGCGAGCCAGCCUUCUGUCUUUUAGCUGUAGCUGCUACUCUGACCAAUAGUCUCAGAAGGAAGAAAAAGAGGAGAAGGAAUGAAAUGUUGAGAUUACUGGUUUUCAGUGCCAUCAGAAGGCCUCUAAGUACAUUGCAUUGCUAUUACUAAGAAAACACUAGGAGCACAGCAGAGUGUGGUUAUUUUGCUAUGAAGAUUUCUAUUUGUGUUGCAGAACAUGUAAAAAAAAAAAGAUUUUAUUACGGGGUGUUCUAUUGUUUUUCUACCUGUUUUUUAAGCUUUGUUGCUGUAAAUAAGGCUUUAUGCGAUCAGUGUGACGUUGCUUCUGUUGAUAGAAAUGUCAAAACUCUCAUAUACAUGUCUGGCUGUCCUUUAAUUUGCUUCAUGUUGCUUAUCGAUGUGAAUCAGCAAACAUCUCAAGUACAAUGUGCCAUCUUUGCCUUUUAUUAUUUUACAGCUUUAUUUUGUGUUGCUUACAAAGGAUUGCUUAAUACAUCUAUAAUAAGAUUCAUACCCCACUGAAUUGUUCACAACAAACUGUGAAUUAUUACACCAUUAAUGAUGGCAGCAGCCAGGUGGGGUUUAUUUUUAUUUUUAUGUGCUCUGGUUUAUUGUUUCUAAUUGUGUAGGUUUUGUGUUGUUAUGCUGCACUUUCUGUUCCUGUUAUGUUUAAGUAUCACAGUCUGUAUCCACUGAGUUAUUUAGUCCCUUCAGUGCGUUCUUAGGUUGACUCAGUAUUUCAGUUAUUCAUUCCUCUUUUAUUUUGGUAGUCUUUUGUAUCUCGUCUCUUGCAAUUAGUUUAACUUCCUGUUUCUUGAUUUGGUUGGACAGUGUCUCAUUACACUCAUGUUUCUGAUUCCCCUGAUUACCUUCCAUGUGUAUAACUAGUCCUGACUCCAUUGAACUUUGCAUUUUGAAUUCCAUGGUCAUGUUGUAUGUUUUCCCUGUCUGCUGUUAGAUUCAGUUUGCGUCUUCUCAUUGACUUUUGCAUUUCUGGAUUUCAGCAACAACCUUUAAUAAAAGCUAUGUUUUUAGUUACA